ACUAAAAAAUAAAUACAGAUCAAAGCAAAAAAGAAUCCCAGCACAAUAAAUUUAGCGAUACAAUGAAAUUUUCCCACGCAGCAAUUGUAUUGUCGACCCUGGCGGUGUCGAGUAACAUCGCCCAGAGCGCCAAUCUUACGGAGGCAGAUGAAGUGGCUUGGCUAUUUGAUGCAACUCAAAUACUUUCUUACAAUUUAGUCAUGACGGAGGAGAAUCUAGCUUUUCUAAACGCAGAUCCAAUGGCAGAGGAGACAGUUCCUUGCAAUGUCACUGUCAAUUACGUUGAUCCACUCACAGGAAUUAGCAGCGAUACAUACGAACCAUUAACGCUCAUAGGUGCUGGUUGCCGAUACAAAGGCAAUCAGGGUAGUUUUGGAGGUUGUGUAGAUAUUAGUGAUGGAUCUAUAAUAGAGGACUCCACAUCCUGUCGUACUUUGAGUUGGAAGGUAGACUCUAACAAUUUUGCAGAGGAUUUCGACCAGGUAGACAACCAAAAGUUCUAUGGAUUGAAGAAACUGUUGUUUCACGGUAUCCAGAAAGAUUCGUCUAUGCUUGGUGAGCGGUUAGCCUACACCGCCCUAGGGGAACGACUAACGAAUAGCCCUCGCAUAACUGCAGCUCGCGUGUUUGUUAAUGGUGAGUACUAUGGUGUAUACAACUUCGUGGAGGAAGUUGAUGAUAUAUUCGUAGAGUCUCGAUACACAGAAGAGGAUGUUCCUCUGGGCGCAUUGUGGAAAGAGGUGUGGUUUCCAUCUGCAGGACACCCCAAUUCACUUUACGACUUGAAUACAAAUGAGUUCGAGCCAGAUGAGGUGGGUGAUGAUGAUUUCACAGGUUUAGCUCAAUUGUCGGAAGUUGCACAACUCGCUAUCGAGUGUUUGGCAGGGGACAAUUGUGACCAAACAGCCGCUCAGGCUAUUCUGGACGGUCGAGUAGACUCUAACUCAUUCCUCAAUUCCUUCUUGAUAAACUACCUGAUGCUGAACUGGGAUAGUGCUCAGCGCUUUUUCGCCGAUACUUCGGACCCUUCAUACCCAUACUAUAAUCACAACUUCUAUCUAUACGUGCCACAAAAUGGGACUAUCGAAUACAUUCCUUGGGACUAUUCAGAGGCACUAGACGUUGCUAGCUGUGGAUUUGAUGCCGCAUACACUUCGGGCAAUGAAGAAGGUGGUCAGGGUGGUUUUGGUGGAGCCCAGGGGGGACCACCUGACUUGGCCGAGAAUAGCGCAGAAACCGGGACACAGGGCGGAGCGGCACCUGUACAGAAUGUGGCCGGUGUAGACAGCAACUCCACUGAUAUGGCGGCUCCACAGGGCGAGGAUCUGGGAGCUAUCGUUGUACCAGGUGAAGUUGUGGAUGUGAACGCAGGUAUUGUCGGGGGACCUCCAGCUGGUGGAUCACCCACAGGAGGUCAGGGAGGUCAAGGCGCAGGAUCCAGCACUUGUCCUGAAAUGCCUCACUGGUUCGAUACAGAUUUUGAUGAACUACUGUGUUCCUCGGGAGCUACUUUGAAUGGCAUCGGUGGAAAUACUGUGACUAUCCCAUUCGCCUGCGAUCCGGUUGGAAAGAUCAUGGCAUUGGCUUGGAAGACUCAGUUCCUAGAGCUUGUUGCGCAAGCGACAGGUGAGGAAAAUUUCCUCGGAGGUAUCAAUACGCACGCCAAAGAAUUCGCAAUACAAGAGGCAGAUGACGUAGAGCGGUAUGCGGAUCAGGGUGGCAUUCCCAGUGUGUCUGAUUUCCAGUGGGGUGUUGUAGAGGCUCUGCAAAAGGCAGGCACGGAAAGCAUGUACUGGUUUUCGUACACAAACAAUGCUACUUCAUUGGCAUAAAAUGUAACUCAGGAUUACGUUUUCGAGCUACAUAACGAUGUACAUAUUAUAAUACUGAAAUAAAAGUAUACAGAGACCA